CACACACACACUCCUCCCAUACACACAGAAACUCCUUCUGCUCCUUCACAUAAGAGUUUGCUUCUCGACGAAAGAGCCAUUGAAAGCUGACUUUGAGUGCGCGCUAAAUUCAAAGUCCGGGCUGUGCGUAAAACUAGCAAAAACAAUCAGAGACUUCCUCUGGGUUAAAGAUAACUACGCGUGUGUGACAAACUUUCAAAGUCGUCUAAAAUACCUUAUAAUUUUAUAAUAGAUAAUUUGUAGGCUACAGACCGUUAACUUUUUGACCCUGAGCUUUGCGUCAGCGACUCAAAUACUGUGGUUUGGGACUUUCCACAACCGAUGUUUACGCACAGCUGUUUUUGGUCUUCGUACUAGCAUGCCAAUGGCUCAAAACACAUCCAGGAUCCGUUGUCUGUCGCCGUUACCGAAGUGAUUUUAUAUAUCAAGGUUGAUCAGUGAUUGCUGCAGAGUGUGUUUGGUGAGAUGGAUUGACACUUCCAAUGGGUGGAACAGAGCGUCUGUGGUUACUUGCUAGUUUAUGUCAGGUGGUAUUGCUGACCUGUGAACAGCAUUCAAACCCUGUUGAGGUUGAACUUGUAUUUCACCCCUUCCCUUAUGCUCAACAUCCAGACAGCUACACAAUCACCUGCAUGACUGCAAGUAACCAUCUGGUGUACGUGGAGCCCAUUGAUCACUCAACAUGUGCUCCUGACUGCAAGAUGUCACUAUGGUUGGUUGAGGAUCCAAGAGGGUAUAACAUCACAUUUAGAGCCAGCAGGAAUGAUACCACGCUUGAGGCAAAGACCUUUCACUUCAUUCCAGUCUUCUUGUCCUCUCUUCAUAUAUACAGCACAACCACUACUGCCCUCCUGACAUGGAAACUCCAGAGGCAUCAAAGCCUGUCCACCUUGAGUCUAUACAACACUCACACACAAUCUGUCACACACAACUUCAACAUUAAUUCAUCAGAGGCAAAGUCCCAGUAUGCAGUGAAAGGUCUCCAGCCUGGCACACGUUUCAAGGCCCAAGCUGUGAUCACUACAUUUGUAAAGCACCUCAAUAUGACCUUGAAGCAGAGACUCAGCUUUGGCAUAGAAACAGCUCAAUGCCACACUGGCUGGUUGGCCAAUGGGAGAAACUGCUACACUGUGAGAAGAGCAGGUUUGGCCUGGAGUGAUGCCCGGCACAGCUGCAGAGAACAGGCAGCUGGAAGUCACCUGGUUGACCUAAAGACCCUGGAGGAUCUGCUUUUUGUAUCUUCUCAUCUGCUGAGACACAACACCUUGCUGCUGCUGUGGACUGGACUCAAUGACCAGCAGGAGGAAGGCCAACCUUUCUGGUCAGAUGGCUCAGCCUAUAACCUGACAAACACUAUGAUGUCAUUACUGCCAGCCAGUCAGACAGACUGUUUUGUCCUUCAGAGGAAUGCCACAGGACCAGGAUACUUUCUCACUCCCUUCUUCUGUAACAUCUCCUUACCCUUCAUCUGCCAAUACGAGACCCCUCCAGUACCUGCCUUUUUCUCCUUUGACCUGGUUCAAGUGACAGAGCAACAGGUAGAGCUUCGCUGGGCUGACCUCUCACCCCUGAACUCACUUAAUCCUUCAUCUUUUGAGAUAUUCCUCCAGUAUCAAGAAGACACAAGGGGAGAGUUAGGUCAAGAUGAAAAGGAUAGAAGCAAGAAGUGGGCAGAGGAUAAAAAAGGGACCCAGAGAACUAUUAAAAAGGUUGUGAAAGUCCCCAUCUCCCUCUCCUCUAGAGGGGUAACUGUGGCAGGUUUAUCUCCAGGAAGCGUCUACUCUUUCACACUUCAAGCUUGUCACCCUGCCGGUGCCACCUGGAGCUUGGGACAAACACAAACUGCAUACACGAGACCUCUUUCUCCACAAAAUAUCACUACCGGCCCCAUAACAGUCUGUCAGAUCAGUGUUCACUGGAUGCUGCCAGACGCACCAUAUGUGGCUGGGUGGACAUUUGUUGUACAUUAUGUGGACAUGUCUUCAAGUCAAGAGAGGAUAGUUGGAAUGACCAAUAUCUCCAGAUCAUCUCUGGCUGGUGGGUUGCAGUCAUAUACUGCCGUGAUUGGAGGGCUGGAGUCUUACAGGAAAUACAGGAUUGAAGUUUACACAGUCACCCAGCAUGGGAUUGAGAGCUGUGGACAGGUGCCUCUGACUGUACAGACAGCUGUGAGGCCUCCCAGCAGUCUGCUGGUGUUGAGCAAAAGGGGAAACCUGACUGUCUGCUGGACCAGUCCUCUUGAUGACUCUCCAGAUUAUUAUGUCACAUCCCACCCUGUCAAUAACCCCAGAGCGUCUUCACUGUGGAUAAACCAAUCCAGUCCUGGUACACUCUGGGUAAAUGAGUCUGUAUGUGUUGAUUUGGGCAAAUUUACUCCAGGUCAGACUUAUGACAUAGGAGUUGUUGCUCUGAGGGGAAAUGACAGGAGUCAGAGGACCAGCAUCAUGCACACCACAGAUCCAAUGCCUGUUCAGGUAGCAGUCCCUCUUUCAGUGGGCACAAACUCUGCACAGCUGUACAUCCAGCAUCCACAGCUGGGUCUAAUUGACGGGGUCAAAGUGUGUUUAUGUCCGGGCCUAUGUGACCGUGUGUGUGGGGGAUUGUGCGGAUAUACAUGUAACUGGCACUCCCUCUCUAGCGCUAGCUAUCAUAACAUAACCCUCAGCAACCUCCGUCCAGGAUCAAAAUACCAGCUCAGUGUGUACAGCACCAGCCGACAGCAGACGGGACCACCUUACUACACCCGCCACCCUGUUCAAACAAGUCUGGCCCCUCCCAGCAGAGUGAGGGAGGGUGUGGUGACCGAUUCAUCCAUAGAGCUACUUUGGGAUCCAGCACAAGGACGAGCUCAUAGCUACGAGGUCAUCUGCUUCAACUGUGACCAUGCACUCAUGGUUCAGAAGGUGUUAAGUGAGAGUGCAGUGUUUUCUGGUCUAACUCCAGGCAGACUCUACCACUUUGCAUUACGAACAGAGAAGGAGUCCUUCACCGACAGUUCUCCUGUCACCAUCAACAUCACUGCAGCUCCCAGCCCAGUGGAGGUGUCUUUUGUCAAUAAAACCAGAUCAUCCAUAUGCAUUAGUUGGAAUACAGUCAGCGGUGUGCUUGGCGGAUUCAUCCUGUCAAUUAAAAACAGAACAUCCAAUCAAGAGCUGAUCAUUUUUCAUCAGGAGUGCAGAUUUUACACUUUUGAAGGCCUCACUCCUGGAAGCGAAUAUACAAUAGAAGUGAUCAGCACCAGUGGAGAAAGGAAGAGUAAACCUGCUACUAUUAUCCUCCAUACUAUCCCAGAGGUGCCACAGGAAGUGGUUCUUGCGGAGCAGGUAGUGACGUCUGUGUUUGUCACCUGGAGAGCACCACCAGGACAGGUGGAGGGGUACAAGCUUGUUUUUGGCCUGCUGACCAUGGACAGAAAAUCAUGGAUAGAGGUGCUUGUCCAGGGCACAAGUUAUGAGAUCAGGGAUUUGAUCCCAGGGUCAGACUACGGCAUCAGUAUUCAUAGUGUGCUGGGCUCAGACACCAGUCAAGGAGUCCGCAGAGACUUCAGCACACGCCCAGCAGGUUUAUGUGCCCUUCAUUUGGGUGACGUCAACAUUUCCUCUGUCUCUGUGAGCUGGGACAGUGCAUUUGGUGAGUUUGACUUCCACAGAGUCACGGUAGCCAACACCUCGGUCACAAACACACUUACCAUACCCAAGGAAGAGCAGGCUGUCGUGGUUACAGGGCUGGUGGACGGCUGCAGCUACAAUGUGAGCGCUGAAAGGGUGAGAGGACUGACAGCGGGGAGCGCGGCCUUUUUGACUGUAACCACAGUGCCAUCCCGUGUACGAGGAGUCCGUGUCGUCAAUGUGUCUGCACGUGCGUUCUCACUACGUUGGGAGCAGGCAGUUGGGUGUGUGGAUCAUUACCAAGUGAAUCUGCUACCUAACCAGGGAAAAGUCACAGUGCACCCUGCACGUGAUGGAUACAUUCAGGCCAAUGUGGUCAGUGUCAGUCCAGGGACACAAUACACUGUCACAGUCACAGCAGUGUCCUCCUCCAAUUUCAGCCCUGGAGUCAGCCGCAUGAUCAAUACUAACGACAGUGUUCCUGGUCCACCUUCAGGACUAGAAGGAGAGGCCGUGGGCUCUAAUGGUAUUCUGCUCUCCUGGAUCAUGCCAUCAGAUGCCAAAAAUAUUGACGGAUAUGUCAUCAGGUACAAGGAGGUGUGUCCCUACCCCGACCCUUCCUUCACACAGGUGACCAAGUACCUGGACAUACCAGAGACUCUGCUCACUGACUUCACAUCAGGCUCUACGUACCACAUUCAGGUAGCAGCCAUAUCCCCAGCUGGCAUAGGAGCAUUCAGCAAAUCUUUAUACAUAAAGACUGCUGAGUCCCCCCCUGGCCUGGUGACCAACCUCACUGCAUUUGCCCAGAAUCACACCUUCGUCAUGGUCACCUGGUUCCUGCCACACCGCAUCAAUGGCCUCAUCACAAAGUUUGCAGUCAAGGCUAAACAUGCUCGCACAGGGCAGACAGUCCGCAUACUGGAGGUCAAUGCAGAGGACAUAAUGACUGGAGCGCUGCCUCACUGCAAUGACGCAGCUGAUAUUCUAUCUCGUGCGACUCUCAGUCCCUUGGAGAUAACGGCAUCAUCUCCACCCAUCACCCUCUCUGCCGUGCCCCCUGCAGCCUCCUGGAGUGUGCCCAUAUCAGUAGGAGUUGAUCAGUUGCGACCUUACACUGCCUAUCUCUUUGAGGUUUCAGCCUUCACCUCCGAUGGAGAAGGACAGAUAGCUUCCACCAUGGUCCGCAUGCCAGAAUCAGCCCCAGAAGACCCGCCACAAAACUUCUCCAUAUUGAAUAUGACGUCUAGAUCAAUCUCUGUGUCCUGGAACUCUCCAAACAUUAUCACGGGAAAAUUCACUUACACGCUCUAUCUUUAUGGGCCUACAGGAUAUUUGUAUGAGAACAGUACAGGAGACACGCGGUUUGCUUUUACUGGUUUGACUCCUUACACAAGGUACACAGUCGCUGUCCGAGCCAGAGCUGCUGGAGAAGUGGGUCCAGCGGCACAAGAAGAUGUUAUUACACCUGCUGAAGCACCCAGUGCAGUGCAGGACCUGAUGGCAAUAGCUGAGGAUUCGGUUUCAAUCCGUGUGAGUUGGAAAAGCCCCGCCCAGCGUAAUGGUCCGAUCAUCCAGUACAGACUGCUGGUGCUGGUUGAUGAAACUCUACUGCAAGACAUCACCCUCACAUCAGAACCAAGUGCAAAUACAACUGAUGUGUACAAAAGGUCCCUUUCUCCUGAGCUACAUAACAGUCCAGGGCGACGUAAGAGAACUGCUGAGCUCAGUCUGAUCACAUCUCCGCCGACUUUCACUGCCACUGUGUCUGACCGCGCACAGCCCACUGAUAUGACUGCUUCCACCCUCACACACUCUGGACUUACAAGUGCUGACCAGAGUACUAACACUGGCGCUCAACCCAGCAUGGACUUUAAUCCUACUGCUGACCCCACGGCCACCGAGAAGUCGGGAAAAAGUUACACUUCUGCUUCACACGCUAAUAGCGCAAAUAUUCAAUCUUCUGACCCUACAGUCUUUGGGACCUCUGCGUUUUCUCUGACCUCUGUGCCACCUGCUACGCUUCCACCCUGGCUGACUAAGCAAACACAUGCUAGGGAUAUGACCUCUGACUCGUCCCCCUUGGGGCUGACCCCAAGCCAGGUCCGCUUGUCCACACGUGAUGCAUCAGUUACAGGACACUUUUCAACACGCAGCGCAACAGGUUCUGGUACAACAGGUGUGACAGUGAGAGAGGAGGUGAUGGAUGUUUUGUCUGAGGAGUUGUCUUACCUGGUGUCAGAUCUGAAUCCCUUCACCGAGUACACGUUCAGGGUCGCUGCUUCCACGACUGUGGGGGAGGGCCCUGCCACAGAUAUCACUGAGAAGACCAGAGAGCAGGUCCCCAGCUCUGUGCUUGAUGUCUCCUACCAAAACAUCAGCUCCACCUCCAUACUUGUGAGCUGGGUCCCACCGCUCAAUCCCAAUGGACGGAUCACACAUUACACUGUCUAUGGCCUCAAAAUGCACAGUGAUCAGGCCCUGAAGUGGGUUACUAACACUACCAGUAAACUGAUAACAGAUUUGGACAAGUAUACUGCUUAUAAGCUACGUGUGGCUGCAUCUACAGCUGUGGGAGAGAGCUCUCUGUCUGAGGAAGAUGACAUCUUUGUUUUCACCUUAGAAGACGAACCGGACUCCCCCCCUGUAAACCUCACUGUGAUAGACACCAGCCCCACCACUGCCACAGUGGUCUGGUCUUCACCAGAGAAGGCCAACGGGGUGAUCCAACAUUACAUGGUCCUAUAUGAAAACGAAUCGUAUUCUGCUUUUAAGAACACUUCCUCUAACAGAGUCACCCUGAUGAACCUGAAGCCAUUCUCCUAUUACAACGUGUCUGUGAUGGCGUACACGCGUUACGGCAACGGAAACCAAACAUCAGACACUUUAUACCUAUUGUCUGGAGAGGAUGUCCCAGGUAGUCCUCCGUACAACCUCUCCUUUGAGUCAGUCAGUCCCAGUGAGGUGAAUGUGACCUGGCAGCCUCCUCUGGUGCCUAAUGGGAUAAUUACCCACUACAGCCUGGAGCUUUGGAAUUCCAGUCACUACCUUAACCUCACCUCCCCAACCAACUACCUCCACAUCACUCACCUGAGGAAGUAUGCACACUACCGAGUCAUGGUGCAGGCACACACACGUGUCGGGCCGGGAAACUACAGCAGCGAGCCGCUCAACAUCACCACACUGGAGGAUGCUCCAGAUACACCUCCUCAGUUCCUCCGCACCAGGAAGCUGUCAGACUAUGAAGUUGAGUUGUCAUGGCAACCACCACUUGAAGCCAAUUCAGACAUACUCUACUACAUUGUCAGAGUUUGGAAUGAAACAACGGAGCUGUGGCAGAAUGUAACAGAGACAUCUGUGGUUAUUAAUGUGGACUCAGAAAGUCGUUACAAUGCCUCUGUCUCCUGUUGGACUAGACUGGGAGAUGGAGGAGUGCUGGUAUACAUCAGCUUUACCACCACAGAUGCAGAGCCAUUUGACCCCCCACAGAAUGUGACUUUUGCAAAUGUGACCGCCUCCUCUGUCACCUUGCUGUGGCACCCACCAACCGAGCCCAAUGGAAUCAUUGUACGCUACACCAUUUACUACAGCGACAAUAACACUGUGACUGAGCAGAGGGUUCCCGUUUCAGACUUACCUGUCCCUGGCUCUCCUGAUUCAGCCCUCUCCCACACUCUGACUGGGCUGAUUGGGGGCACUAACUACACCAUAUGGAUGACCUCCAGCACUGUACAGGGGGACGGAGGGGUCCAGAGCGAGCCAAUAACCUUGUUCUUACCUGAGGACGUGCCAAGUGACUCAGUGCACAACCUGACGGCUCAGAUCUUCAGCUCCACUGCCAUCAUUAUCAGCUGGGACCCUCCCCUGGAGCCGAAUGGCCGUCCCCACUAUCUGCUCACCUUGCAGGAAGCUGGCAUCCCCCCAAACUUGCCCAACCAAGCACCCUCAGCUCUCAACAAGACCAUCAAGCAUAUCACCAACGACAAUGUCUUCCUAUUCACCAAACUCAGGAAAUAUUUUCCUUAUGUGCUGACUGUUACCCCGGCAACUGGAGCUGGCCCUGCCUACAACCAUACCAGCACAAUGUACCUGAGAACGGAUGAUGACGUUCCUAGUUCUUCUCCAUUGCUGGUGUCCACCAGGAACCUUUCAUCGUCCUCCAUCGCAGUGGUCUGGCAGCACCCUCUGGAGGCCAACGGGGAGAUAACAGAGUAUACCCUCAUGCUGUUUGGCCCAGGGGGAUCCAACACAACACAGACGCCCAACACCUCAUUCAUCCUCACUAACCUACUUCCAUACACAGCUUACAACCUCACUGUCACAGCUGCAACGCGUAAAGGCUCGGGGCCUGUUCUGCUGCUGCUGCUGCACACUGAUGAAGGAGGCCCUAUGUCCCCUCCUUAUAACCUGACUAUACACAACCACACAGAUGUCUCUGUGUGGCUAAGCUGGGAGCCUCCUCUGGAGCCCAAUGGAGUGGUGAUACAGUACGGCUUUAGGAUCCAAGACCUCAUCACACACACCGUCACACACCGGAAUUCCUCUGGUCCGUCAACCACAGAGUAUCUAACAGGCUUCAGGCCUCAUAGCUCCUACGAGAUCAGUGUUUACAGUUACACCAGAGUGGGCCAUGGGAAUCAGUUCAGCAGCCCUGUGACCUUCACCACUAAAGAGUCAGUGUCUGAUGCUGUGGGGAACCUGUCUUGUUCAGGAGUGGGCUGGGAUUCAAUUCAGCUAUCAUGGGAACUUCCAGCCAACCCUAAUGGGCAGAUCCUAUUUUAUGAGAUUCUAGUGGAGGUAGACUUGCAGUCCUUCACACUUGAGGCCCACACACCAGAGUACACAGUGACUGGGCUUUCACCAGACCAGGAGUAUGCACUCACUGUGGCUGCAGUCAACUCUGCAGGACCUGGAGACAGAAUGAACUGUACUGCUUCCACUCUUUCCGAAUCAGUCCCAGCUGCUCCUCGCUUCCUCAACAUAUCUCAGGUCACCCCUAACAAUGUGACACUUCAGUGGGCUCCACCACUCUCCGUUCCAGGCCUGCUGAAAGAGUACCACAUCAUUGCACAGCUGCUUUCAACUGUUUGUGAACCAGACGUCCUAACUACUGCACAGCCGGCCUUAGAGGACGAACCGAACCCGGACUGCGUGGACUCUAAUGUAACCGUCUCAGUGACUGCUUCAGAUGCCACUGAAGGGAACCAGAGCGUCACACUCCAGUCCCUGGCUAAAUACAGAUACUACCGCUUCAAAGUGGCUGCUGUGACAAACGCCGGAGUUGGAGAAUAUACACGCUGGAAUUAUGCACGCACCCUUGCUGGGAACCCUGAUGUCCCUCCCCGUGACCUAAAAGUGACCCCCACCGCCAACAGCCUUCGUGUUGCGUGGGACGCUCCAGCUGUUCUCUCUGGACCAACUUCGUAUCUUGUGCAGGUGGAUGGUCCUGGUUUGAACCACUCAACAGUCCGGGCUCCAGGAGAGUUGACGACUGUUGUGGUGACAAACUUGACUGCUUUCACCCAUUACUUUGUGACUGUCACCGCCUUCACUGGUCCAGUGGAGCAUGCUGCCAGGGAUGGGAAGGCCAUUGGGCCUAUUGACUUUCAAACACUGGAGGAAGAGCCCAAAGAUCCACCCAAGAAUGUGAUCAUAUCAGUUAUACCAGAGGAGGUGAACCGUGUAAAGGUUACUUUCACCCCCCCAGAGGAGCCCAACGGAAACAUCACUGCCUAUUUUGUGUACAUCUAUGAAAAGGAGCAGCUGGUCAAGAACAUCAGCCUUAAUAUCACCCAAAGAGACCAUAACAUGUUGACUGCUGUCAUCGAAGGCCUAAAGGGAGGUCACAGCUAUAGUAUACAGAUUUCAGCCAAGAACGGGGCUGGGAGGAGCCCACCCAGCGCACAUGUGCAGAUAACAACAGGGAUCAAAGCCCCGGCCAAGCCAACCCAAAGACCCCAGGCAGUGCUGGGCCAUGGAGGGGUUGCCAUGGUUACCCACAGGAGUAUCACCAUCCGCAUGCCUGCCUGUUUCUAUAGUGACGACAAUGGACCAAUCACAAAAAUUCAGGUCAUCGUGGCCGAGUCAGGGGUGAAGGACAUCGUGAAUAUGACCAGCUGGAAGAAUGCGUUUUUUCAUCGCCCUGCCCCUUACCUGACUGACAAGGGGUUCCCCAACCCGCCAUGUUUGGGGAACGGGGCAUCACGCAAGGACACACACGUCAGAGAGGGUCGCAGUGUGUCUGGAGACAGCCGGCCCCUGGUGAGGCACAAUCACACUACGUCAGGAACAUACGUGAUCGGAGAGAGUGAUGCCUGUAUGGAGGAGAACAACACUGACACUUUCUGUAAUGGACCCCUGAAGCCUAACACCGUCUAUGUGUUUAAGUUCAGAGCCACUAACAUCAAGGGCCAAUACACAGACUCUGAGUACUCCGAGCAUGUCAAAACCAAAGUGGACGGGCUGUUGACCAGAGAAGAACAGAUCAUUAUGGGUGUGCUCCUCUCCUUCUUCUUGGCUGUGUUACUCAUCAUUAUCAUCUGUGGAUCAGUCAAGAUCCAUCAACGCAAGAAGGAGGGCGGGACUUAUUCACCCAGAGAAGCAGAGAUCAUUGAGACCAAGUAUAAACUGGAUCAGCUUAUUGCUGUGGCAGAUCUGGAGCUGAAACAAGAGAAACUCAACCGGUAUUCUUCCUUCUUCUUUAGACGGAAAGAGAUAUAUGUCAUCCAGCUGCUCAGCUACAGGAAAUCACUCAAGCCUGUCAACAAGAAGUCUUUUCUACAGCAUGUAGAGGAUCUGUGUGCCAGCGACAACUCCAAGUUCCAGGAAGAAUUUGCGGAGCUCCCAAAGCUGCUGCAGGACCUGGCCACCACAGAUGCUGACCUGCCCUGGAACAAAUCCAAGAACCGCUUCCCUAACAUCAAACCUUAUAAUAAUAACCGUGUGAAACUGCUGUCAGAACCAGGCACUGCGGGCUCUGACUACAUCAACGCCAGCUUUGUCUCAGGCUACCUGUGUCCCAAUGAAUUCAUAGCCACCCAGGGUCCUCUGCCUGGGACGGUGGCUGACUUCUGGAGGAUGAUCUGGGAAACGGGAACGCGCACCAUCGCCAUGCUCACGCAGUGUUAUGAGAAAGGCAGAAUUCGGUGUCACAAGUAUUGGCCAGAGGACAACAAGCCAAUGUCAGUAUUUAGCGACAUUCUAAUCUCAAAAGUGUCGGAGGAAAUCCUUCCUGACUGGACUGUCAGAACCCUGAAAGUAGAAAAGCACGGGCACUACAUUUUGGUUCGCCACUUCAACUACACAUCAUGGCCUGAACAUGGGGUCCCAGAAUCCUGCAGCACUUUCAUCAAGUUUGUCAAAGCUGUCCGAGCUCACAGGCAUGACAACACCACUAUAGUGGUCCACUGCAGUGCUGGUGUGGGCAGAACAGGUGUGUUUAUUGCUCUUGACCACCUCAUUCAGCACGUCAGAGAUCACGACUUUGUCGAUAUUUACGGUCUUGUGGCUGAACUGCGCAGUGAGAGGAUGUGUAUGGUACAGAAUCUGGCCCAGUACAUCUUCCUGCACCAAAGUACCCUGGAACUUCUAAACAACAAAGGCAACAGUCAGUCCAUCUGGUUUGUCAGCUAUUCUGCUCUGGAAAAGAUGGACUCCCUGGAUGCCAUGGAAGGUGAUGUUGAACUAGAAUGGGAAGAGACUACUAUGUAAAGACUGACUGAGGGACACCCUUGCCAGAAGAAGAGUGUAAUUUUCGGCGUCGUUUGGAGGCGGCCUGCGCACAGACCCUCGACACGAGCGCCUCCAUCGUGAAAGGCUAGAGGAGGGAGGAGGAGAAACAGGAGGUUAACAGCACAGUCUGAACUGAGUGGUUUGUCAGUCGACUAAGACUAUGUUACUCCACUUCAACCCACUUCUCAGAGUAAUCCUCGCUUCAAUGAACCUCUUGUCCACUUGUUUUCAAAGAGAGGGAAGGAGACAGAGACAAAGCAUUUCAGAAACGACGGGGAUUAAAAAGAAACGGUGAGCCGACUGAGAGCUCUUACAUCUGUAAGCCUAAAGGUACCCUGCACAAACUGAUUUCACUGUGUAUUGUAAUUACUGUAUUAUAAUGAUAUCCUCUAUGUUUUUGUAAGAUAAUUUAUUCAGCCAAAGCGGUGUUUUUUUUCCCAUCUCUUUGUAAUCCUGCCUGUGUCGAGGUGUUUUUUUUGUUUUUCCUUUCCUGAGAGUGAUUUUCAAAAAAAAAAUAAAAUCAACUUGUAUUUUU